UUUCUAAUUGGAUUAAAUUGCUUGAAGUCCACUUUGAAGAGUAAAGAAAAGUCACUUUUGUGUGCAUAUCACAGAUAUGUGACAUAUUUUAUUUUGGUUUAAUUUGUCCAAAGUGUUUUGUAUUUAUUUCUAAGUUUUAUUUAAAUAUAUUUAGAUCCGCGGGCUAUAAAGAAGUUUAAAUUUGAAAGUAACUGAAAGCCCCAUUGCCUACAGAUGGCUGUACGAUAUUAUCAACGAAUAUUUGAAUUUCGAACUUGUCCGGAUUAUGCAAUAUGUGCAUUUCCAAUUAAGGUUCAAUAAGUGUCUGAGGCCUAAACUAUUGGCAGUUUGCGUCUAUCCAAUUUAGCUAAAUAUUUGCCAUCUUUAACACAUGUGUAUCGCCUUCUAUAUAAUUAUCACGAAUUUUUUUUCUGACUCACGACAACGUAUUUAGAGAGAGAUUCAUUCAAUCUCAGUCAGAAGUCCAAAUCAGGCGCGUGUUUUACCUCAAGUGGAAGAAUUCGGCUCUUAUUCUCAUUCAUUAGUUUUUUUCCUACUGCGCAGUGUUCUUAAGUGAAACUUAAAUUACUUUCUUAAUCACAAUGAACGAAGACAAUAUAUACUCAUUGAGUAGCAAUGGUUCCCAAAACCAACCCCCUAGGUCCCCUAUACCACCUAGAAGACAUCAAGAAUCCGAAGAGAAUUUUUCGAAUUUCCGAUUGGUUCUACCUCAGAUCCUAGCAGUAACGGUUAAGAACGUUCUUCUUUUUGGGUAUGGCAUGACCCUUGGAUUCCCAACCAUUGUCAUUCCUGCCAUUCAAGGUGGUGAAGGACGUGAACCUACUCAGGAUGAUAGACUUUUGCUCAACAAGGAUGAAAUCUCCUGGUUCAGUUCGAUUAAUUUAAUUUGCGUACCACUCGGAUGUAUAUUCUCUGGGAGUAUUACACAACCGAUUGGACGAAGGCGAGCUAUGCAAUUGGUUAAUGUGCCAAUGCUAAUGGCAUGGCUAAUUUUUCACUUCUCCACCGAAAUUUUCCAUCUCUACAUAGGGCUGUGUCUUGCUGGAAUUAGUGGAGGACUUUCAGAAGCACCCGUUUUAACCUACGUCGCUGAAGUGACUCAGCCCCAGGUUCGAGGGAUGCUACAAGCAACUGGAUCAUUCUUUACAAUCUUGGGUGUUUUUGUUCAAUUUCUCCUGGGCACAUUUCUCAAAUGGCGCUCAAUUGCUCUUAUAAGCAGCUCUAUUCCCGUCCUAUCUAUUAUACUCUUGUUCUUCAUCCCGGAAAGCCCUCAUUGGCUCAUUCAGAAAAAUCGCCUUGUAGAUGGAAAGAAGAGCUUAGCCUGGCUCAGAGGAUGGGUCCCAGAAAGUAGAGUGCACGAAGAAUUUACAGACCUGUGCAAUUCAGCCAAAUCUAGGCAGAGUUCAGAAGAAGAACACAACUGUUCCUCUAAUUAUGAAGUGUACUUCAAGAAAACGUUUGUCUGGCCUUUUGCCCUUAUUGCCUACACCUUCUUUAUAGGGCAUUUCUCCGGUAUGACAACUUUACAAACCUAUGCUGUGCAGAUAUUUCACACUCUGAAAGCUCCUAUUGACAAAUACUAUGCUACGAUGCUCCUUGGAGUUGCUGAAUUACUAGGAACUUUGCUAUGUGUUAUCCUUGUUCAUUUCACAGGGAAACGCCCUUUGGUGUUUCUAUCAACAGUUGGUUGUGGAUUGUGCUUUUUAGCAACAGGAACCUAUACGAGUUUUCUUCAUCUUAUUCCUGGAGCAACUAUUCACAAUAUUGUGGCUAAUGUAUCAGAAAUUGAGUCUGAAAGUGUUGAUGAGUUAAUUGCUAUGAAUAUUUCUGUGCUUCCACUGCCGAUGAAUAUGCCGAAUAUAACCGAUUUUGAUGUUUACGAUUUUGAGGAAAAUCUCACUACCACGGAUGAAUCUUACUUGCAAACGGAGAACUUUAUGGCAGAUUCUAUGAGAUUUGUACUCAAUGAAUCGGAUUAUACUGAAGCAUCAUCGGAGAUUAAUGAGACAGUGUCCGAUGAUGAUAAAACCUAUAAUAUUCCUGAUAGUAUUAUUAUUAAUUUGCCAGAGCCUAAGCACAAUAACUAUUUGUGGAUACCACUGACUUUACUUUUGGGCAGCGCGGUUCUAUCGCACACGGGGAUUCGGUUAAUUCCUUGGAUGUUGGUUGGAGAAAUCUAUCCAUCAUCCAUUAGGGGUUGUGCUUCGGGAAUAUCAGGUGGUGCAGGAUAUGUCUUUGGGUUCUUAGCCAAUAAACUUUUCUUGGGGAUGGUGGGCACUUUUACCCUGAAUGGAACCUUUUGGAUUUACGCUUUUAUUGCAUUAAGUGGUGCCCUUAUCUUGUACUUCACCCUUCCUGAGACAGAAGGACGCACAUUGUCUGUUAUAGAAGAACAUUUUGCAGGUCCUAUUAAUUUUAAAACAAUGGCAAAAAUCGCACAAACUGACAAUGAUAAUGGAACCGAAAAUACGGACAACAAUAAAAAUCUUCCUAUCUAUAAACUACCUCGUACUACGUCACAUCUCAAUAUUCCUGAAAUUUAUAUCACUCGACUUUGAGGAAAAGUAUUGUUUAUAUUUAGAGAAAUAUCUGGGUAAACAUAUCGAAUAAAAGCUACAAUUAAAAA